AUGGAGGCGAUAGGCGUCCACGCGCCGUCCUCGUCCCCGCCGAGAGGGGGCAAGCGGCCCGCUGGCGACGACACGCGGCGCACUAUCAAGGUGAUCAGAGGCGACCGCGGGGUGAGAGGCAACAUUGUCACUGCCGACCAGUUCAAGCGCGCCGAGGAGCAGUCGCGGGAUGCCGCAAGCGCAGCGAGCAAGCCAGCAAAGAGCAAGCCAGCAACGAGCAAGCCCGCGCCGAGCAAGUACAAGCCCGCUCCCAGCCCCGCCUACGACGACGACAUGCACGGCAACUCCUCGUUCGAGGGAUGGGAUGACAGCUUCGGCGCGACGCCUACCAAGCCCACGAAGAAGAUGGCGCCCAGGAAGGGCGAGCCUACGGCCUUGUCGCCGCAGAGAGAACGCGACCGCAACGCCAACGCCUUCUUCGACGAGAUGAAGAACAAGCUCGCGCCGGAACUCCAGGAGACGAUCGACCAGCAGGCGCGCGAGAACGCCGAGAAGGAGCGCAAGGAGCUCGAGGAGAGCGAGCGGCUGCUGCGCGGACACAAGGAGAUGGACAAGGUCACGCACAAGGGCAACGCGUUCUUCGAGUCCCUCCUCACGAAUGUCGACUCGCCGGGCGUGCACAGCCGCCUGGAGAAGGUCACUGCCGCGCUCGAGGCGGCGGACUCUGACGCCGCGAGCCUUGCGCCAACGUCACGAGCAUCGAGCCCGUCACCAGUCAACGACGAGGAGGAGGAGGCUAUCUGCAAGCCGUUCCGCCAUGCCACGGACACCUGCCCAUACUGCAAAGAGCCGAUGCCGGCAACCGCCACUACUCAGCUGAAGGAAAUGGGGAGGGCGCUGCGGGAGGCUCAGAGGGAGUCCGGAAUGAAGCCCAGCUGGCGGCAAACCACCUCGUACUGCUCGCAGCACCGCGCCGAGACGCGGACCAUCCCGCUCGGCCUGCAAGCCGGGUUUCCGUCCACAAUCGAUUUUGGCCUCGUUGACCGGCGGCUGGAGGAGGGGUUCGUACGCGCCCGCCUGCAUCGUAUCGUGAGAAAACCGAGCUCGUCCAAGUUCUUCCUGGUUGCCGAGCGCGGCAUCUCAACGCUCGGACUCGCGAAGUGGAUGGAUGCGGCGCAACAGGCCCAGCUCGCGGAGAAAGUCACCACGGGAUACUAUGGCGAUCUCGGACAGGAGGUCAUCAUCCGGCACUUCCAGCAGCUCGUCAACUGGGGCCAUAUGUCGCUCACGCCCGACCACGUUCAUCCAGUCACCGUGACGGACUUUCUCGUCAGCGUCCUGGUCCCCGAGGCGGCCAUCCUGCUCAUCAUGCAAGACAGAGGCUGGACAAGCGACGCGUGCCAAGGCCCCGAGUGGAAAGCGGCUCGCAAGGUCGCCAACUUGAUCCGGACUGAAAGCCGAGAGUUCGGGCAGGCCAAGUUCCGCGCCACGUCAGGCGCUGGGCCGAUGGUGCUGCGCCAGCUAGAGACGGACGCGGAUGCGAAGCGAGCCCGACUGGAGGCGGACCGCGACGCCCAUGAGACGAGGAUACGGGAGGAGAUUGGACGGGAGAAGGACGGCCACGCGCACAUUUACUACGUACCGAGCUCGGCCCACACCCAGCCGGCCCAGCCCCCGCCACGCAUGUCGGGCUCGCCGGCGGUCGGCGGCGCCGCUGCUGCAGCGGCAGGGCACGAUGCCGGCCCCUCUGCUGCUGUUGUCGGCCCGUGGCACCCCCCGGCGCCGAGCCUCGCCGCGCUCCCCGUCGACAGGAGCAAGACGGACCCCAAGCCAGCAUACUACAAGCUCCAGUUUGGCGACGACGUCACGGGCUUCUCGUACUAUGUGCGCACGCUCACCGUCGUCAUCGGGCGCAAUGUUGAGCGGCCAAUACACCAGACAUCUCUGCCGCUGCCCUUGCUCGAGCACGUCCCGGCAGAAGAGAACAACCCCUUCGCGCCUGACCCAUUAUUGCCGAGCAGCGCGCUCGGAACCCCGCCCGUCCCCGACUUUCCGUUCGGCGACCCCUCGCUGCUCGUCCUGCCCACCGUCCCCUCCGCCAAUGCCGACGACGUGGCCGCUGCCGCCGCCGAGGUACUCGCGCGGGAAGCUGCGCGAGAGAGUUCCGGCGUUGUUGGCGAGGCGGAGGGCAUCUCUGCAGCAGACUACGCGGCGCUCGAGGAGAUCGACGUCGAGGCGCUAGGAGCUGUUGUUGAAGCCACGAGCGGCGAGGCAGUGGAGGGUGCAGAGGGCGGCGUGGAGGGAGAUGGCGCAGAGUUGUCGGCCCCUGUCGACGCCGUCGCAGACUCCUCUGCCCCUCUCGGCGAUGUCGCAGACUCGUCGGCCCAUGUCGAUCCCGCAGGCGACAUCGAGAUGGCCGACGAGACAAAACCCGACGUUGUCGCGGAGACCCUUGACGCCGACGCGCCAGCACAAGAGCCCACACCCGCACCCGACGCAGCCGAUGCCCUCGCCGACAUCAAGCCUGACCUUGACGCUCUGGACCUCGACGGCGUCGACCUCGGCGAGCUCGAGUCGGCUGCAGCUGCUCCCGCAGGGCAGAUGUACGCCGUCUCUCCGAGCCCAGACGCUGAGGCAAACGGUUCCCCUUCCGCCCCUCCCCCUCCCCCACCACCACAAGCAUCAUCCUCUCUCGACCAUGUCGACGUCGAUCUCGGACCAUUAAAAUCAGUGUCCCGAAACCACGCCAAGAUCGAGUACCGGGUAGAGCUGGGCCAGUUCUGCCUCGAGAUCUUUGGCCGCAACGGCGCCUGGGUCGACGACCGCUACUACGUCAAGGGCACCAUCGUCCCGCUUCACCAGGGGUCGAUGAUCCAGAUCGCAACGCGCAUCUUCUCCUUCAUCCUCCCUCCCUCGCCAGACUCGUCGCCAUCGUUCGCCGAGCAGACUCUGGCAGCAGAGUCGUAUUCCUACGACAACCUCCCCUACCCUUACAACCUCCCUCCCGAGCAGGUCGGCUACGCCGAGUUCUAUGGCGAGCCAGGACCAGGGCCGGCGUCGGCAGCGACCAUGGCAGCACGAGUACCGGCCUUCAACGCGUUCGCGGCGUCGGACGGGUAUGGUCUCUUGGACGGCGCUGGAAACUUUGCCGACCACGAGUGGGCCGACGACUGGGAGUCGGGCAGUGACGGUGACGAUGAGAGCGACGACAGCGACGAGGAGGACGAGGAUGACGAUGAUGACGAUGAGGACGAGCAGCCUGUUCGCCGCCGGCCUGUCAUCAAGAUCAAGGCACGCGCACGGCGAAUUCCAGUCGACGAGGACUCCGAGUUAUCGUCAUUAUCAUCCGAGCCAGAGCCAGAACCCUCGCCACGGUCCAAAAAGGCAGCAGCGAAAGCAGCGGCGGCGGCGAAGAAGAAUAAGCCUGCGCCGCCGUCCAAGUCCAAGGCCGUCGUUGAGGAUGAGGACGAGCCGCCGCGGCGCAAGAAGGCCGCCUCACCAGAUCCGCCCCCUGCACCACUACCUCGAACGGCAGGCAAGGGAUUAUCAAAACUGCCCAAGGUCGCGGGCAAGGGCUUCAAGUCGCCUGCUUUGGCGAUGCAGCAGCCCGGGGAGCCGACGACGACGCCGACGACGGCUGGCAAGUCGACCAAGAAAAAGAAGGCCGACAAGCCAGAUACUGCCGAUGCGGCAGAGAAGGCGGACAAGACUGACAAGGAGGACAAGACUGCCAAGGCAGAUAAGCCCGAGAAGCCUGCCAAGGCAGACAAGCCAGCCAAAGCGAAGGCAGACAAGGCCGUCAAGGUCAAGGCCGAGGAUGCCAUGGACGUCGACUCGGAGCCUACAAGUCGUGCGCAGACUGUGGACACGGAGGCCAGCGACACACCGGCGACCCUAGCCGCCGCUGUAGCGGCCACGACUUUGACUAGCCCCACCAAGAAGAAGAAGGAGGGCAAGGACAAGUCGAAGGCGGCCGCCAAGGACAAGGAAGUCAAGACUGAGCCUGUGGACGGUGCCGAGACAUCAGCCGAGCCUAAGCAGGUCAAGGCUGAGCCGACCGACACUGCCGACAAGACAGAAAAGACCGACAAGGACAAGGCGGACAAGACGGAGAAGGAUAAGGACAAGGCCAAGGACAAGACCAAGACCGACAAGCCCAAGAAGGCGAAGGCCAAGGUUGACAAGGCUGACAAGGCGGACGAGGCAGACAAGACAGACAAGCCAGAGAAGCCCAAGAAAGAGUCCAAGAAGAAGCAGAAGGCGGCUGAAAAGGCGGCCGCGGACAAGGCUGCUGCGGACAAGAAGGCCGCGGAUGACAAGGCUGCCGCCUUAGUCGCUGCGGCCAUCGCCGCCACUGCUCUUCCCGACGCUCCGCUUGUCAUUGCUCCCGACACGCUGGCUGCUGCUGUUGCGGCUACGGCACCACCACCAACGCUGGCAGCGGUUCCUGCCCAACCGCCCGCUGCGCCGACAUUAGCGGCUGCCAUCGCUGUCACGCCGACGGCGACACCAGCACCAGCAGCUGUGGCAGCGCCAGGUACACCUGCUCCUCCGACCGCUGCCACCGCCGUACCUGCGGUUCGCCCGCCCCCAGCCCCUGGAGUGGCCCCCGUCGCCGCCGUUCCUGGCGCAGCUAUCAACCCCGCCACUGCCGCUGCGAUGGCUGCCGCCGCUGUCGCUGCCACAGCGCCGGGCGCCCCUGGUGCUGUGCCGCCUGUGCCAGUUCCAGGUGUUGCUCCAGGUGUCGCUACAGGUGCCGUGCCAGGCGCCGUGCCGGGAGCGGUGCCAGGAGUUGUGUUGUUGGAGCUGUUCGGCCACCUGGCAUCCCAGGCCCCCUUCCAGGCCAAGUGCGGCCACCUGGCGUCCCAGGCGUCCCAGGUGUACCAGCCUUACUUCAUCUCCGAGCUCAAGGACAACCCUGCUCGCCCAGGCCACAUCCUCUGCAGUGUGCCCAUUCCACCUUCUGGCGCUGGCCCACGUCCUCCACCCCAGCAGGUGCUCGGUCUCGACGGCCUGCCCUUCAUCGGCCCGUCGCCUCUCAAACCGACAGCGACGUUCGCGACCAUCAUCCACCGAGCUCUGGUCCACCUCCCUCGCGGUCGUGGUACCCUCGGCGAGGUGUGUAACUGGGUCGCUGGUGAAUGGGAGUGGUUCCGCUUGAAUCCCGAGGCUGGGUGGCAGAACUCGAUCAGACACAACCUCUCGCUCAACAAGGCAUUCUUGAAGGUGCCCCGUAUCCCCGAGGAUGACCCCGAGAGCAAGGGUUCGGUCUGGAUUUUGGACCCGGAAGAGGGCCCUAUCUUCGAGGAGAAGCAGCGCCGCGACGCCCUGAAGUCGGAAGGCAAGGCCAAGAACGCCGAGGAGAAGCGCAUGAAGGAGCGACUCAAGGCUGAGGAGAGAGCCCGCAAGCAGCGCGAGCGAGAGGUGCAGAUGGCCGAUGCUGCCAAGCACCAGCAGCUCCACGGGUCGCACAUGAGCCACAUGAUGGGCCGCGCAAUGCCCGUCCGCCCCAUGGCGAGGCCUGUUCCCCAGGCCGCCGCCCCCAGCUCAUCGACGAUUCAGUCUGCCAACCGCGGUGUCCUCCAGCCGAAAGCCAAGAUCAUUGUCGUUAUCCAACCGGUCACGCCCGUGAUGCGCUCAAAGUCGAUCAUCGACAAGACGGACGCUGCUGGCAACCCGCUGCCGUUUGUGUGCGAUGGCACGACUCUGGUUCUUGACCAGCAGACGUUUGGCCAUCUGACGGGUGACAUUGUCGACAAGCUCCAGCUCCUCGGCGCUGCGGGUGCGGUGGACGUUCUCUCUGCCUGGGUUGUGAACAAGAACAAGACUCAGGCAGCGAGGGCGGCACAGGCCAAGGCUGCCGCCGCAGCUGGCGUGAACAAGCCAGGUCUGGCUGGAGCUGUCCGCCCAGGGGUCGCAACGGUCGCACGACCUCCAGGCACCCCUGCGCCGGCGGCAGCUGGCGUCGCCAAGCCUGCUGUUGCGGGAGCCCCGGCCGCUGCUGGAGUGGCCAAGCCUGGCGUGGCAACACCAGCGGCGGCAGCAGCAAAGCCAGGCGCUCCUGGUGGGCCGACCAAGCCGCUCCCUGGCCCUGCUCCGCCCGGCGCCAACCUCACCAAGGUCAUCGGCAUGAUUGCCGAGGUCGCCAACGCCCGCGGCGACGUCAACACUGUCGGCCCGAACGCGUCGGCCCUGCUGAGAUACAUCCGCGUCGUCGGUGUCGACAUUGACCUGCGUGUCGCCGAGCGAAUCUGGGCCACUGGUGUUGUCCCUCCCCUCCCGCCAAAGAAGGUUGGCGUCAAUGGCAAGCCAGGCGUUCCUGGUGCCCCAGGCGCCGCGAAGCCUGGCGUGCCCGGCGCCGCUGUCCGUCCCGGUGCUCCUGACGCCUCGCCGUACGACCAACAGCACGUCGAAACUCUCGACAGCUCAUCAACCCCCGAGCCGCGGAGAAGAACCGAGAUCCCCGUCGCGACCAUCUUUGGGCUCGAGGAGACGGCGCGCGCGAUCGACAGCCUCCCAUCACACUCGGCACAGCCCCUGCCGUCGCCAGCCGAGACGAUCCAGCCGCUGCCGACGCCGAGGCCAAUAUCCCAAUCACCGCCCGACACCUUCUCCCCGCUCCCCUCGUUCCCGGCCGACCCGGGCACGCCGAAGCCGCGCAAGGGCUCGCGACUGAGCAUCAACACCGACCUGCCGGAACCUGUGCGGCCCAAGGAUCCCGAGCCGGGCUCGCCAGGCCUGAAACACUGGCAGCAGGUGCGGCAGCACGUCCUGGUCGGGCCGACGCCUAUCGCUGAGAAGGCGACGAUGGUGCCCGAGCCCAAACGCAACUUUAUCUCCAAGGCGUCGGCGCGCCUCGGCUUCCGCCACGCCGUGGAGCAUGUGAUGGGGUACGACCACGGCCGGCGCGCGUCGGGCGGGUGGAACGGAAUCGCCGAGCUCUCCGAGGCUGAGCGCGAGGAAGUUGCGCGUGAGCGCCGACGCUUCGCGCGUGAUAUCAAGACGUGCCUUGAUGCGUGCGCGCUCGAAGAAAGCCGGAGAAGGCUGCAACGGUGCGCCAAGUCCCACCAAAACGACUUUGGGCCCGCUGCUGCUGCCGGCAGCGGCUCAAACUCUGGCCCGUCACGGCCGUGGUCGCUCCAUCACAGCAGCAGCAGCGCGCCGCAGUCGACUGUCGCAACGCCGGGAGCGACGCAGUCGACGUACCCCUCCAAGCCUUGGCUCCUGUCGCACAACAGCAGUGCGCAGCAGUCGACCGUCGGCACAGCGGCCGCUGCCUCGAUCCACACCCGCGCAGAGUUCUCGGCGUUCGCGCCGCUCCUCACCGUGCUGCACAACCACAUCCCUGCUGCACGAGCGAAGAAGCUCUGGUCCAGGACAUGUCCCCACCACUCUGCCAUCCUCUCCGAACUAGGUAUCACGCUGCUGGCCGACGCCGCGUCGUCCGACUCGGAGCGUAUCCAGGCGCUUGAGGUGUUCGGAACUGUGAUUCGCAACUGGGCGGCGGAUAGUGCGGAUGAGGAACUAGACCGGUGGCUCUGGCUGUGUAGGGCAAUGUUGGUAGAUGACCAGCAGUUGAGGGCACGCGGACUUGACAUGCUCAGCAAAGCACUGCGCCGAGACCCCAGCUUGCCUGAAAGCCUACAGCACCCCCAAUCGGCCAACGAUUUCGAACCGCUCGCGAUCGGGCUCCUCGAGCUGCUGCACACGCUCGAGCGGUCGUCGGCACCACACAAGGAGCAGCAGGAACUCGUGACGACCUUCAUUCACGAACUGACGACCGGGUCGAUCAUCAACGUCCAGCAGGAUUCGCUCAGCGAGCUAGUCGGUGAUCUCGACACGACGACCGCCGCUGAUGGGAUUGAAAGAGAGCUCAUGUGGCUUGCGGCGGGUCGAGGCAUCGCUGCGAAUCCUGAGCUUGCGGCCUGGCUCCUCGACCGGCAUGCCGAGGAGCUGAAGCGGUAUGCGCCGCCACCCAUUCUCCAUGCCACACCGCCGGCCGUCCUCAGGAUCCGCGUCAUCGCCGCGACCCAAUUCUUUUCGUCAUUCUCGACACUUAUCCGCACCACGGAUGACGAACACCUCGUAGAGUCUGUCAAACGCAUGGCUGAGGAUCUCUACAUCGACAGCUCGGCACUUCCUGAUGACAACGGCGCAAUCACGUCAGGGUACGCAACAGUCCUCAUCGACCUGCUACUCCGCCACCAUGCUGGUAGCCAGUAUGAGGCCCCGCCAGUGUUUUCAGACCCAUUUGCCAGCACCGCGACUCGGUUGCCGUCCUCAGCUCAGCAGCCCCGCCAGGAGCUGCUCAAGCUGCUCCGCGGUGCCAACAAGAGCGUUCAGGAUGGCAUCAUUUGCAGGAUGGUUACAACCUAUCCCCUGCCCCAGGUGCUGAGCGCUGUGAGAGGCUUCAUGGAGUCUGACCUGGCAGACUUUGGCAAGGCCUGCGUACCGCCAGUGUUUGAGAGGCUGACAACCUCGUCAUCGUCUGAGGCAAUCAAACCCUUCCUCGAGUGGCUGUCAACGACGCACCCUCAGGCAUUCUACAAGCCCCUCUUCAGCCUCGCAGCCGCCACUCAGGCAUCGUCGCUCUCUGGCCCACUGCGCGUCAUCAUGACCCUGCAAGAGCAGCUCGGCGCCGAGUCAUUCUGGACCAGGGCCGACCCCCAGAUGGUGGUGAUUGUGCUUGUUGGGGCUGUCACGCAACGAACAGCGAAAGGCAAGACCAAGGAGGGCACGCAAGGUGUCGUCCCCGUCAAGCUUGGCCGCUAUGCGGUACUUGUUGAACUCUUGGUCGCACUGCGGAAUCUUGACACGAGGGGCAUCCAUUCUCUCAAGGCCUUUGUCACGACCUUGGAGACGAGGCUGGGCACCAUGCUCGAGCUUGAGGAGAAUGAAGGCGAAGGAUUGCCAGCCAGUUAUCGAUCCCUUGUCUCCCAGCUGUUCAACACCCUUCGCGUUGCUUCCCGCUGGGUAAAACGGACCGCAGCAACACGACUGGCUACCAAGUGGUAUGAGCAGACCUACAAGGAAAUCCCAGGGCCCGCAGCUGUCCUGGACCGCGCUCAGCUGUCAUUCCUUCGACAGCUCUACUUUGCCGAGGGACGGAACCGCUCUACACCACGACUGGCUGUCAUCGACCUCCACUUUGGCGCUUCCACCGCGGCCUUCCUCAUCACCGUCCAGGCUAGCUUGCCCGUCGAGUCGUGGAGUGGGAUGCUGCCGGUGCUUUGGGAGUCUUACACCCAGCCCCUCCAUCCCAUGGACGUGACGACAUUCCUGCUCCUCAAAUGUGCAGAGAUGGUACCGGACCGUAUGAAGACGCUGGUGAUGGCGGAUUUAUCAAGCACCAGCUCUGUUGUCCGCAGCCGCGCGCUCCUCAAGCUGGGCCUGCUGUAUGCGUACCGAUUCCAAGUCACAACGCAGCCCACCAUCACUGAAGGCCGCGCACCAAUCUUCAAGUUCUCCCGCCGUGUCCUCGACUUUGUCCCUACCGAAAUCGGCUCUCCUCAGUGGGUGCUGCCGCGAGACGCGCAGGAUGUGGCCUUGGAAAAGUACGGCAGAGCACUCCCCCUCGAGCUCCGACAGCGACUCAUGGAGCUAGGGUGGUCAGAAGACGCCAGCAUUGCGGCGAGCGACAAUGAGCUUGUUCCAGUGACCAAGCUUCCUCCUACGGAGCGCAACGAUGAGCGUGGUGCCCCCACUGAGCCUCAGCCACCUGGCACGCCGUCGGCGAACCCUCUCACACGUACGCUUUCAAACAGCUCGGAAACAUCGACAUCGAUGACGAACCAGGUCCGACACGCCAUCGUCCCCCCAGUACUCCUCACACUAGUUAUCGAGCAGGCGAUUCAGCUGCAAUAUACCGACGACUUGGCAGUGCGAGUGCUGUCGGAUGAAAUCGUUCGCCUGUUGGAGCGCGACGACUCUGGACGGUUUGUCCGACCCGUCAUGGACAACCUCGACAACAAUCUACCACACGCGCUUGAACGCCUCAACGCCGUGAUCGCGAACCCAACCCCCAGCUUCGCCUACACCGGCCUCAACGCAAUCGUCGGCUAUCUGAAAAAGGUUUACCGCAGCAACCUGUCCCAUCAGUACUGGGCGCUCGGGGUGGGAACAGUGGCACGUCUCAUCCCACACGUGAGCGAGAUUUCACUCCGAGACUUCCGCAAGUUCAAAGCAGAGCACCUCAUUCUGCCGGCCUCCAUCCUCGACGACGAGACUGGCUUCAGAGCCCACCAGCCUUGGGUUGACAACCUCGUCGAGAUCCAAACCGCCCAGCUCAUGGUCCUCUUCCAGGUCCUGCGAGUCAACAGGCGAGACGUGUACAUUGUCAAGAAGAUGCUGGUGAACCUGAGAGUCGAAGGUGCCGUCCACCACCUCCCAUUCGCCAGGGCGUGGCUCGAACUCGUUGUCAGGCUAUUUACGUUCCUCAACAGCAACUACAACGACAGGACAGAGCUCGACAGGCUGCUCAAGAACAUUUCGACCAUCUUGCGCGUGCACGGUUCGACAGACAUGAUUGUCGUGGGCCAGGCCUUGCGGGCUCUGACAAUCGCAUCCGCAAGAUUCCGACGCUUGUUUGCCUCCAUCGGCUUCGUGGACACCAUGGCCGCCGUGUACUACGUCUACGCUCACGCCAACCCUUCCAUCAGGGAUACAAUCGAGUACGCUUGCCGCAGUUUCUUCCGCAUUCACCAAGAGGUCUUCGUCUACCAAAUGUGUCUUGGCAUCGCAGAGAGCCCUUUCAACCCCGAGAAGGCCUACGCCCUCGUUUCUUCCCUCUCCCACGAGGACCAACCGUCUGCAGGUCUCGCGUCCGGCAUUCGUGGCCUGAAUGAGAACGCCGAAAUCACUGCGCUGCUGCAAAUGAUUGGCGACGGACGAGAGAUGCACUUCUCGGACAUUGGCUCCGAGGCGUCGGAGCGGCAGGCGCGCAAGGCAGCCAACAUCUCGCUUUACCCGGCCGUCUUCCCUCGGGAGAACAUUAUCCGUCUCAUCGCCACGGUCAUCUCGGUCAACGCGGCGUCACCUCGUGCCAUCAAGUUCCUGCGACUGUUCACGGCCAUUCUGCCGCAUAUCACUGACCAGUCGAGCAAGGAGCUCAUGUAUGAUGCUGUCGACGCCAUCGGCCGCUUCGUUCACAAGGGCAAGGCCGGCGACGACGCGCGCAUGCACCGACUCCUGCCCGGCGAGGAGGAAGCCGCGCCAGACUGGACUUCGGCGAACCGCGAGUAUCUCUCGCUUGUCGACGCGUACGCCAGCAACGGAGGCCGGCUGAGCAUCAAUGCCACUCGUCGCUUGAUCGACAUUGUCGUCAACCUGCUCCACUCGGAGCCCGAGACGGCUGGCCACUUAGCUUCGAGUAUCAUGGGCAAGUUUGCGAGUACCAACCUCACCGUUGGCAACCCGAUGGAGUUCCUGCGCGACAUUGCACCGCUAUUCAGACAGUUCAUCGUCACGGUCGAUUUCUCCGGUGUGCUCCUCGCCAUUGCCGACAUGAUCCGACAACACAAGUACGAGCUAACCCUCGGCAUGACGCAGUUGAUUGUCACGUCGUAUCUGGAGCCUGCCAUUGACAUGCUGGCAUCGGCGUCCGAAGAGCACAUGGGCUUUGUUGUGCCUAUGCGCAAGGCUGUGGUCGAGCUCCUGGGCACAUCAGUGUUUCUUGCAAACACGGAUGUCAUUGCCGUGCUCGAGGCGUCGCCGUCGAGUCCGGGUUUCCUCGCCGGUGUGGUGCUUCCGCUCUGCCUCCUGCUUGAGCAACCACUCGAUAUCGAUCGUGCAGAGGUGUAUGGCGAUGCGUGGGUCCGCAUUCUGCGCUACGUCCUUCGGGCAUCGAAACGACGCUCGUCUCGACCGCAGCACGCGACCGACUCGCCUCCCGCCCUUGCCGCCACGGCCGUCAUCUCGCUGCAAAUCAUCAAGGUCAUCGCCGUCCGCGCACCCACCUGCAUCUCGCGGGUACGUGGGCUGUGGACAUACAUCUCGACAUACCUCCGCGAGGCCAUCCAAGACGGCAAUGCCAAGUUCCUCGAGUCGGGCGGUCUCGUCCCUGGCUCGCCACGAAUUGUGGACUGGAUGAUGUGGUCGCUAUUCGAGCUCCUUGCCCUCCACCCUACCCCACUCCACAUUGACCUCCGACUACGUAUGCAGGUCGCCCUCACUGCGAUCCAGGAAAACAAGCCCCCCUCCCGCCCAUCCACAGCGGGCAGCGACCUGCCCCCCACACCCAUCCGUUCUCCAUUCGGACACACCCCGCAGCGCAGCUUCUCUGGCUUAGUUCGAAAGCCGUCGUCACGCAUGUCAAGGCCCUCGCCACGAUUAAUGAUGGGCGGUCUCACUCCGUCGCCAACGAGCCCUGAUGUGGCUUCUUCUCCAGAAACUGGUUGUAUGCUUGGACCAGCGUCGCCAGCACACGCCCGCAACGUGAGCUCCGCCUCGUCCCACCUAAACCCCAACUCGCCCGCUGCCCAUGGUCGGUCAGUCAGCAACGCAUCAUCUCAUCUCAACCCCAACUCCCCAACGCACGGCCGCUCAGUCAGCAACGCCUCGUCCCAUCUCGCCCCGAACUCACCAACCCAUGGCCGUUCGGUCAGUAAUGCCUCAUCAGCCUCACCAACUGGCCUGCGGCGUCUCCCGUCCGUCUCCAUUCGUGGCGAUGCUGGGUCCACUCCGAGCCGCCCGACCUUUGCAGCCCUGUCUGCUCACCGUGCCUCGCGACCAACAUUCGACGCGUUCCACGGUGGGCCACGUCACUUUCGCUUCCCUUCGAAUGCGGGAGUGCGCUCCCUGGCACCGGGCGGGAAGGGCGAGAAGGGUGGAGCCAUCGUGCAUCUUCUCGGGCCGGCGACCCAGGUCAUCGGCGCCACUAGUGCCAACCUGGGCUUCCUAUCGGCGGGCGACAAGAACCGAGGCCCGCCAGUCGACCCCACGCGCAUCGCAGUGCGCGACACCCAAGUUCGCAGCCCCAAGCUCGUCAAGGAGACCAGACGGUCUGUUCACGUCACGAUGCUGGUCUUUGGGUACCAGCUCGAGGAUGGUGCCGAGGAGCCGUCCGUCCGUGUGUGGAGCGUGCCUGAAGCUCUGGAAGCCAUCGCCGUGCAAACCAGGCUGCUGGUCGAAGAGGAGCUCCGACACGUGUUCAACCCGAAGCACCACCAGAUCAACAUCCCCGAGCUUCCUGUCCUCUCAGACGAACCAGAGACCAUCGAAGAAGAAAAGGAGGGCGAGGUGGACAGCAACCAUGGCCCUGGCGAUUGGGACAGAAGCCACACGUACACCGACGAGCCAUCGUUUACAUUCUCCAACAUUUCAGACGGCUACCUCGUCCCCACGCUCGAGGUCAACGCGCCACCCAACGACGCGGACAACAAGCCCCGACCCGCCCUUCCAGUCCCCAUCCUGUCCGUUACCCAGGCAUAG